AUGGCGCUCCCCAUCACCACCAUCGCCGAGAGCAAGGAGCUCCGGGGGCUGAACCUCAUCGCGGCCCACUCCCACAUCCGCGGCCUUGGGGUUGAGCCUGACACGCUCGAGCCGAAAUCGUCGUCGCAGGGACUCGUUGGACAGGAGAAGGCGCGUAAGGCUGCGGCUGUGAUACUGCAGAUGGCAAAGGAUGGCAAGAUCGCGGGACGCGCAGUGCUCAUUGCGGGACCGCCCAGCACAGGAAAGACGGCAAUCGCGAUGGGCAUGUCCCAAUCGCUAGGCGCCGACGUGCCUUUCACUAUGCUCGCCUCAUCGGAGAUAUUCUCAUUGGAAAUGUCCAAGACUGAGGCGCUCACGCAGGCAUUCCGCAAGUCAAUAGGCGUGCGCAUAACUGAGGAGAGCGAGGUCAUCGAGGGAGAAGUAGUGGAGAUCCAGAUUGACCGCAGUGUCACGGGAGGCAACAAGCAGGGUAAGCUCACUAUCAAGACGACAGACAUGGAGACCAUCUACGACAUGGGCACGAAGAUGAUUGAUGCGAUGACCAAGGAGAAGGUCAUGGCAGGCGAUAUCAUCUCCAUCGACAAGGCAUCGGGGAAGAUCACAAAGUUGGGGCGAUCAUACACACGCUCGCGAGACUACGACGCGAUGGGCAUAGAUACCAAAUUCGUGCAGUGUCCCGAGGGCGAGCUACAACAACGGAGGGAAGUGGUCCACACUGUCAGUCUGCACGAGAUCGAUGUGAUAAACUCACGGACCCAAGGAUUUCUCGCGUUGUUCUCGGGUGACACGGGCGAGAUCCGCAGCGAAGUGCGAGAUCAAAUCAACACCAAAGUCGCAGAGUGGAAAGAGGAAGGCAAGGCUGAGAUCGUGCCAGGAGUACUGUUCAUUGACGAGGUGCACAUGCUGGACAUUGAAUGCUUCUCCUUUAUCAACCGUGCGCUCGAGGACGAGCUUGCACCCAUCGUCAUCAUGGCAAGCAACAGAGGCAACACGCAGAUUAGGGGAACAGACUACCGGUCGCCGCAUGGUCUGCCUCUAGAUUUUCUCGAUCGCGUUGUCAUCGUCAGUACACACCCGUACAACCGCGAGGAGAUGCAACAGAUCCUUUCCAUACGAGCACAGGAGGAGGAAGUAGACGUCUCACCGGACGCUCUUGCGCUUCUCACUAAGAUCGGUCAAGAGACCGGCUUGCGAUACGCAAGUAACUUGAUCACAACUUCGGACCUCAUCCGCACCAAGCGACAAGGAUCCGAGGUCACCGUCGACGACGUGCAGCGCAGCUUCGCGCUCUUCUACGACCCAACGAGGAGUGUCAAGUACGUAGCAGAGUCAGAAAAGCGCCUGAUUGGGGACGCUGGUGCGGUGUCUCUCUCCGUGACGAACGGCGCGGGCGCAGACGCGAUGGAUGUCUCAUAG